UAUGGACCUAACUUUACCUAUCUAGGUACUUGGUGAAUAAGCAUUCUUAUAAAUACUCUGGGCGUGUUGAUAUACCACUCCGUGUUAAAGCCGAAUCUGAUAAGGAUGUUAUCGGCAUAAAACGUUCGAUGGUGGGGUCAUAGAAUCUCCGUCAAUCCUUACAUUGUAAGAAGCGGAAACUCGCGGGAGAAUAGAAUGAAAGUUGAAAUCCUGAGAAUAGCCCGUCUAUAACCCUCACCUCUAAGUCCAGCGACAUAAUCGUCAUAGAUAGAGGAAGAAAUAUCUACAGUCAACAUCCUUCCUUCUAGCCAACCAAGAUGCUCUCCGCGCCAGUAAAUCUCCCAAAGUGGCUUGAGGAGAACGCUCAUCUCCUAAAGCCGCCCGUCAACAACUACUGCGUCUACAACGAAGACUUCACAGUUAUGAUUGUUGGUGGUCCCAACUCCCGGACCGACUACCACAUCAAUCAGACCCCAGAAUGGUUCUACCAGUACAAGGGAGCCAUGAUGCUAAAGGUCGUUGACGAUGGCAAAUUCAGAGAUAUUAUAAUCCGCGAGGGAGAUAUGUUUCUCUUGCCAGGUAAUACCCCUCAUAACCCGGUGCGUUUUGCCGAUACCAUUGGUGUGGUUCUCGAGCAGAAACGGCCUCAGGAUACUAUCGAUCGUAUGCGUUGGUACUGUCAGGAAUGCAGCGAGAUCGUUCACGAGGCUGCAUUCCACUGCACAGACCUUGGAACUCAGAUAAAGGCUGCCAUUGAGGAGUUUAUGUCGAGCGAGGAGACUCGGAAAUGUGGAAAAUGUGGCGAGAUAGCCAAUUCUGUACCCAAGCCUGGGACUAUCAUCGACCCAAAUUUGGAGUAGGGAUCGGUUCCAUGUAUUUGAUGUCUAUACAUACAAUAAUACGCGUGUCCAACCGUG